GAUGGSAACCUUUWUAGGAUUUUUGCAAGAAUUGGAGCUCAGAAUUCCGCAAGGCAUAACUCUUCCUUGGUUGGGRUAGACAUCAAAGAUGAUGUAGCGGUUAUGGAGAUAAAGAGAAAACCUGUUAAUAGCUUUUCUCUUGAAUUCAUUGAGGAGAUUAUCUCUUCUAUGCAAAGUCUGGAAGACAAUACCUCAAUUCGCGGUCUUAUUCUCACUUCGGGUUGCAAAAGUGUAUUUUCUGCUGGUUUGGAYCUUGUCAACGAGCUCCAUAAUCCUAACCCUGAAAGACUGACAUUGUACUGGGGCUCUUUUAGGAAAAUGUUUAUGCAACUAUACGACUCAAGGCUUGUUACCAUAGCAGCUGUUAAUGGCCAUGCUGUGGCUGGAGGAUGUGUAUUAGCUAGUGGUUGUGACUACAGAAUCAUGUCACCCAAUUUCACCAUAGGCCUUAAUGAAACAAUUGCUGGAAUUCAAGCUCCUCCAUGGGUGUUGCAAUCUUUCAUCACCUUGUUGGGUUACCGUGAAGCKGAAAAGGCAUCAUUACUGGGACAGAUGUUCUCAAGUGAGGAAGCAUUGGCCAAAGGUCUUGUAGAUAAAGUUGUGCCACAAGAGGAUAUCCUUAGUGAAUCACAUGAAGAGAUGAAARAAUGGCUUAAGAUUCCAGAUCGUGCCAGAGUUCUAACAAAAAAGAAUCUGAGAAGGGAUUUUCUACAGAAAAUGAAGGAAACUGAAGAUGAAGACAUCAAAGGGUUUGUAGAAUACAUUGUACAGGAAUCUACUCAAAAAAUGCUACAGCACCAAAUUGAUAGAAUAAGGAAAAAAACUUAGYGAAACAGUUCAGUUGCAAACAACUGUACAGGGCUUUUGCAUGUUUUAUAGAAUGCUAAAUUAUAUGUAAGACAUAAUCUGUCAAARGUGGUUAUGUAAAACAAAGAUUUCUUUGAUAACUGCA